CUGGCUAGCCAUCUAGGUAGUCUUGUUCUGAGAGUCCCAAGCUUGACACAACCUUGUUGGCGGAGGAUGGGUCUUUGGAGGCCAGUGCUUCUUCGAUGAUGACGCUCGAGCUUAAACGCCUCACGUCCUCCAACAAGACGCGUUUCUGAUCAUAUCCAGCUUGAUCGUCUCAGCCAAACCUUCCUAUAUAUCUGCCUUGUACUGCCGUGUUGGACAAAGGAAUACUGUUCGUCAACCUCUCAAGCUAGGUUGAAUAAAUUGCAUUCCAUCAUCUCUACAAUGCCUCCAGAGAAGAAGCGUAUCGCCAUCGUUGGCAGCGGAUGUGCCGGACUUGGUGCAGCUUGGGCAUUGCAGAACACUGAUCAUGAAGUCCAUGUCUUUGAGAAGUCUGAUCGUCUGGGGGGUCACACAAACACCCAGACAUUCACACAUGGCAAACACUCUACUCCCGUCGACACCGGUUUUAUUGUCAUGAACUCUGCCACCUACCCAAACUUGAUCAGAUUUUUGAAUCAUGUGAAAGUUCCCAUUUCUCCUACCCUGAUGACAUUCAGUGUUUCCCGCAAUCAUGGUGAAUUCGAAUGGUCUGGUUCUGGCGAAGGCAUCUUCGCUCAAAUGGAGAACAUUUUCAAGCCUAGAAUGUGGCGCAUGAUUUUUGACAUCAUUCGCUUCAAUCAAUUUGCUUUGGACCUUCUGACCGAAGACGACUCUUCGCGCACCGACCAGACAGUUGGUCAUUAUCUGGAGGAAGAAGGCUAUUCUCAGGCAUUCAAAGAUGACUAUCUCAUUCCGAUGACUGCUGCAGUGUGGAGCACCUCACCUGACAAGACGAGUCUGGAGUUCCCUGUCUUGACCCUUGUUCGAUUCAUGUGGAAUCAUCACCUGCUUUCUACUAUCGCAGCACGACCCACAUGGCUGACUAUCAAGGACGGCUCUCAGAAGUACAUUGAUGCCAUCGUGCGAAGCUCUGACCCCAGGAGGUUUCAUUUUCACACUUCAACUCCAAUCACAGGCGUGACGAGAAUGAAUCAGAAUGGAAAAUCCGUAGUCGAAGUCAGCUACAAAAGCCCGCUCAGUGGUACUCAGGAAUCAUCGACUUUCGACCACGUUAUUAUGGCUUGUCAUGGAGACGAUAUCUUGCCUCUUCUAUCGGCCAAAUCAAGAGUGCCACCCUCAGAUAAGGAGCAAGAAAUCUUGGGCGCUUUCCAGACAUCUGAGAACGUUGCAUACCUACAUUCGGAUCUCUCUUUGAUGCCUCUGAGGAGACCGGUAUUCACUGCAUGGAACUAUCUUACGACUUCUGCACCCUCCAAGCUUAAACACCCUGCAGGUGUAAGUUUGACUUACUGGAUGAACCUUUUGCAGCACAUUCCAGAGUCCAAAUUUGGUCCCGUCCUUGUUACGAUGAAUCCUCCUCACGAGCCUGCACCAGAAAAGACACAAGGCAAAUUCAUCUACCGUCACCCAUUGUAUACCCCAGCUGCAGUCAGGUCGCAGAACAGAAUGGGCGAGAUUCAAAACACGUCAGGAAUCAGUUAUUGCGGAGCGUGGACUAAGUACGGCUUCCACGAAGAUGGCUUUAGCAGUGGUCUGAAGGUAGCGAUUGAUCAUUUGGGGGCUACUCUGCCUUUCGAGUUCAAGGAUUCGACGUUCUCACGAGGAAAAGCACCGCAGCUCAACAUGAUGGAUCAUGCGGUGCGCACUGCGGUGAUUUGGAUCAUGAGAUUCGCAAGCCUCGUGAGCUUCUUUUUCUCCCUACCACCAGUAGCUUUCAUGCUCUCGAUAUUCCUCGGUGUUCUUGACAGAGUUUUCGGCAUCAAGGUCAAGCUCGAUUAGAAAGCUGACGACGGAUAUGGAAAGAUUGAAGAGUGGAAGAAUGUGAUCUGUAGAGAAUGAAGAGUGGAAGAAUGUGAUCUGUAGAGAUAUUUCAAGAAAAUAGAUAGAGAAGCGCAUGGCCGCUGUAAUCUUAGACGAUCGUCUCCCAUCGCUG